AUGCGUAAAAAAUAUCUACCCCUGAACUCUUGUUCUCGGUACUUUUUAGAGUACCUGCAAAUGACCUUUGUCAGAUGCAUUCUUGUAUGCAAAUCAUGGUUAUUCAUCAUCAAAUCUCCUCAUUUCCUAACCGUAUAUGACAAGUAUUUAAAGGAUAUAGGAGUUAAUAACAAUCUCCUUCUUACUGAGGAACAACCCUCCUAUGUGCUCUUUGGCAUCCCAUUUGAAUUGUCUGAUUCUUGUUGGAAUAUCAUCCUCUGGAACUUUGCUAUUGGGAAAUGCAAAGUAAUAGGUGAAUUAAGGGAUCGAUUCUGUGAGCUUGCACACUGGAAUAUGGAAUUUGGACGCUGGGACAGAGGUUCCUGUUAUUGUUAUUGUCUUUGCUUGGAGUCUUACUUCAAUCAGGGGACCGGAUACUGGAUAGUUGUGGUAGAUGUGAUGGAUAACAUGUUAAUUCAAAUUGCUGCUUUCAAUCUCGUGGAAGAGAGUUUCAAACUGAUGAUGUUGCUUGAAGCAUGUUAUGAUGGAGCUGAUGGUUUCGGUAGUGGAAAUCUGGUGGAGUUCAGAAGAAGCCUUGCUUUUGUCUUGUGUAGGAUUCCUAGAUCUCGUCAGGGACAUAGUAACGUCGACGUAUGGCUGAUGCAGGACUACGGUGCUGACUCAUCCUUGAUGAGAGUCUUUACCAUGCAGAUGGACGGAAUGAUUGAUAGUCCUCUGGGCUUCACAAAGUCCGAGAGGCUUAUAUGUUCUACAUAUUCAGAUGUGAUGAAAUGCCUGUUGGCGGGGCGUGGAACUUUGGGACCUGUCAGAUUGAGGUUUUACAUGACAGGGUGGGGGUAG